AUGAAAGAAGAAUCUUAAAUAUUUCAGGUAAAAAAAUAAAUCUACUAUUUCACUUUUAUUUGUUUUGUUCCUUACUCAUUUUUAGGCUAUUUCAUGACAAUGUCAAGUGCAGCAGAACCAUCAUGGCUGAAAAUAAAUCAAACUAAGUUUCAAUAUACAAUUGAUUUCAAUUGGUUGAAUGUUGCCUUUCUAAUGUUCUAUAUAUAAAUAUACAUAGUGGCUAUCUAGUUGCAUGUGCAAUUUAAAUGAAAGGUAAUUUGAGAUUAAUAAUAACUAAAUGCGAAAUUAUGUUUAUAAUAGCUCUAAUCUUAUAAUGGUUACUGCCUUUUAGGGAAGGAACUUUAAUUAUAAGAGUGUUUAUUGGAGCUUUGAUAAAUCUAAACAUUAAAUACAGUAAUAUCUAUUUUAAAACAAUGAUGAGACCUAUAGAACUUUAUAUUAAUACACGAUUUCCAAAUUAAUUGAAUGGUAAUAUAAUAUAAUAAUAUCAUGAAUAGUUAAAAAUUUAGGUUAAUAUUUAUGUUAGUAUUAAUAUGUUGCUUUUGGAAUUGGAUGGGCAAUUUAGGGACUUAUGGCAUAGGGUUAUCCUAAAAAUUAAAUGCUUAAUAAAUUGAAGAAUUAUGAUGAUCAGGUACUUUGGAAUUUAUUAAUUUCAUUUCCUAUUAUAUUUUUGGCUAUCAGAUAAAUUAAUUUGCAUCGAUAUUUCAAUUAUGAUGAUUUAUAAACUUGCACUUCUAUUCAGGCUUAAAAAUUCUUAAUUUAAAUGUUUAAAGAAUCUAACAUAGAAGAAGUAAUAGCGAUGUAUCAGGAAAAGUAAUUAAUAGUAGAUAAUAUAUCGAUUCAUUUUGAUGAUUAAAAGACUUUCAAGAUCAUUUAGAUCAUGAUGUAUUCAAGUAGUACCAUGAUGUUAGUGUUCUUUUUAAAUCGUUUAAAUAUUGAGAAUAAUGGAAUAAUCUAUUAAAAUAUGCCAUUUUAUUAAUUUAUUUUUGGAUUAGCAAUGAUUUUGGCUAAUUAUAUUCCCUGUAAAUUAUUUUAUAAAGUUCCUUAAUUAUAACUAUAUAAAUUGAGUUUGUUUAUGAGUGUUAUCGUUAAUGUUGCAUUGAUGACAAGUAUUCAAAUUUAAUCCCAUUAUUUUAUAUUGAUUUCUUGCAUUUUGACAAUAUUUAGUAAUGGAUUAGGUUUAUUUACUUUUGCUAGCAGUUAUAAUUAUGUAUCUAUUAUUUAAAUAAACUCAGUUUGUUGUAGAUUUUAUGCCAAUUUAAUUAUGUUAAGGUUUGAGCUUAACUAUUCUAGUUGGAUUGGAAUUUUUUAUACGAGAUUAGGUUUUUGCUUUGAGCCUUAUGAUUACCACAAUAUUAGGAAUAUUUAUAUGGAAGAAAGUAUGAUAUUUUAAUCUAAUAAAAGGAAUAAGAGGAAGAAAAUGAUAAAUGAUUUAAUAAUAAUAGAC